UUUUACAUGUAUAAAGAAGCCAAUAAAGCCCAUAAAAACCCAAUCUUUAUGAGGUUUUGAUAUCUUGGCACUCACAUUACUAUAUUCAAUUCAAUGUCUGGAAACAAAGGCUUUGAUUGUGGGACAGCAUCAGACCUGCUGCUCUGCGAUGAUGAAACCAAAAGCCUAUGCUUUGAUGACAGUGAUUCCGUUGAAACUUUCAAUCAUGAAAUCCAUCAUCAAACCAAUGGUGGAAAGGCCGAGGGCAGAUCAGAAUUCAUUCCUUUGCCGUUUCUCACUGAGGAAUGCAUUGGUUGGAUGGUAGAGAGAGAAAGAGAGCAUUUGCCUCGAAAUGAUUAUCUUGUGAGGUUGAGGAGUGGGGAGUUGGAUUUGACUUUGAGAAGGGAGGCUCUUGAUUGGAUGCUCAAGGCUUGUGCACAUCACAAAUUUGGAGAAUUUUGCUUGUAUUUAGCAGUGAAUUACUUGGAUCGGUUUCUGUCAAUGUAUAGCCUCCCUAAGGGUACGCAUUGGGUGAUUCAGUUGAUUGCAGUGUCUUGUUUAUCGUUGGCAGCCAAAACGGACGAGGUUAACGUGCCUUCUCUAGUCGAUUUACAGGCAGGGGAGCCGGGGUUCGUGUUUGAGGGGAAGACUGUACAAAGAAUGGAGAUGUUAGCGCUGAGCUACUUGAAUUGGAAUGUCAAGCCUUACACUCCAUUUCAACUUUAUAGAGUUCUACCUCUGGAAAACAAGUGAUGUUCGGAUCCCACAAGGGCCGUUGCUCACUAGGUAUCGACUUCUUGGAGUUCAAGCCGUCCGAGAUAGCUGCAGCUGUGGCAUUGUAUGUCUCGGGGGAAGUGGACGUCGAUGAGAGUUUUAUACAAGAGAAGGUAGGGAGUGAAGUGCAUUGGGGCAAUUAGUUUGUGUACCUUUCCCUUGCUUUGUUUUCAAGAUUUGAUAUAUAAAGUGAUGAAAUGCCUUGAGCUGAUUCAAGAUUUGAUAUCAAUAAGCGGGGCUGCUGCUUCUACCACGACGAGCGUGUCCUCGCAUUCAUCAUUGUCGUCGUCGUCACCGUCAUCACUGCCUUAUAGCCCAAAUGGGGUGUUGGAUGCAGCAUGUUUGAGCUUUAAAAGUGAAGAGAAAUGUUGUCUCAGUAGUAAAAUGGCAAUUUAAAUUUGGUGGGGAAUUUGGUGUGAGCAUGAAAAGAAAUGGUAGCAGACAAGACUGGGACAAAACCAUUUGAGCGAGAUAAAUGAGAUAAUAAGUAUUAGUAGGAGUAUUAUUUUUUAUAUAGAUUUGUUAUCGGGAAAUUUGGGAAUGUUAUGUAUUUCCAUUCGAGU